AUGGGCUUGCCUUCCAACGUACGUACCUCUCUGAUUUUUCUGUUUUCCGUCGCCUCUUGCUUCCUCUCUGGUCUCUCCGUCGACGAGCAGGGCCAGGCGCUGCUGUCGUGGAAGCGGGGCCUCGGCGGCGGCUCUGCGGAUGCGCUCCGGUCUUGGGAUCCUUCCGAUGUUAAUCCAUGUGGGUGGGCGGGAGUCACCUGCGACUCGGGAAUGCAAGUCGUCAGCCUCGUGCUCAAGUCGGUGGAUCUCGGAGGCCCGUUGCCGGCCGGCUUCCGACCGCUCCGGUCGCUCAGCCAGCUGGUUCUCUCCGGCGCCAACCUCACCGGUCCGAUCCCGGCGCAGUUCGGGGAGUACAGCGGACUCGUCUCCCUCGACCUCAGCAGGAACCAGCUCUCCGGCGAGAUCCCGGCCGAGGUUUGCAGGCUGAGCAGGCUCCAGUCGCUCGCCCUGGAUUCGAAUUGGAUCCAGGGUGCCAUUCCUGACGACAUCGGGAACCUCUCCAGCCUCCGGUAUUUGGCUCUCUAUGACAACUUCUUGAGCGGGAAGAUACCGGCGAGCGUCGGGGAAUUGGUGAAGUUGGAGGUUUUCAGGGCCGGAGGGAACAAGAACCUCAAAGGUUCGCUGCCGCCGGAGAUCGGGAACUGCAGCGACUUGGUCAUGUUAGGCCUGGCCGAAACCGGCAUAUCGGGGAAGCUUCCGGCCACAAUCGGACUGCUGAAAAAGCUUCAGACGAUUGCUAUCUAUACCUCUUUUCUAUCGGGAUCGAUCCCGGAAGAGAUCGGCAACUGCACUGAGCUAACCAAUUUGUAUCUGUACCAGAAUUCGCUCUCCGGUCAGAUUCCUCCGCAGCUCGGCGAGCUUCCCCGCCUUCAGAGCUUGCUCCUGUGGCAGAACAACUUGGUGGGCUCAAUCCCACCGGAGCUCAGCCGGUGCACGCAGUUAGUCCUCGUCGACCUGUCCGUGAACUAUCUCACUGGAGAUAUCCCCCGGAGCUUCGGAAACUUAGUCAACCUGGAGCAGCUUCAGUUGAGUACUAAUCAGCUUACCGGAGCUGUGCCAAAGGAGAUCUCCGACUGUGCCGCGCUCACUGAUCUCCAGUUCGACAACAACCAGCUCUCCGGCGAGAUCCAAAUCGACUUCGCGAAGAUGGAGAACCUCACUCUGUUCUAUGCUUGGCAGAACAGGUUGACGGGGAGCAUCCCGGUGGGCUUAGCUCAAUGUCGGAAUUUGCAAUCGUUGGAUCUCUCUUGCAACAACUUGACAGGGUCGAUUCCCCGGGAGCUAUUUGGGUUGCAGAACCUCACCAGGCUGCUUCUCCUUUCCAAUGAAUUGACCGGAUUCGUGCCGAUGGAAAUUGGCAAAUGUACGAAUCUUUUGCGGCUCCGACUGAACCGCAACCGGCUCGCCGGCGCAAUUCCGCCUGAGAUUGGCAAGUUGAAGAGCCUUAAUUUUCUUGACGUGAGCAGCAAUAUGCUCGUAGGUCCUAUCCCGGCGGCAAUAUCUGGUUGCGAUUCCCUCGAGUUCCUCGACCUCCACUCCAAUGCUCUCACCGGAGGCUGGCCGCAGACCCUUCCGAAGAUGCUACAAUUCAUAGACGUCUCUGAUAACCGGCUCACCGGAGAGUUGAGCCCCAGUAUUGGGUUGUUGCCGGAGCUGACGAAGCUCAAUGUGGGGAGGAAUCAACUCUCUGGUUUAAUCCCGUCGCAGCUUGGUUCGUGCAGCAAGCUACAACUUCUAGACCUCGGCGAUAACUCCUUCUCCGGUGAGAUCCCGGACGAGGUAGGGGAGCUUCCGGCGCUUGAGAUCGCUCUUAAUCUGAGUUGCAACCAUCUCUCCGGCAACAUUCCAAAGCAAUUCUCUGCUCUCGGGAAGCUCGGCUGCCUCGACAUGUCCCACAAUGCGUUCUCCGGCGACCUCUCCGCGCUCGCGGAGCUCCAGAAUCUCGUCACGCUGAACGUCUCCUUCAACGCUUUCUCCGGCGAGUUGCCCGACUCGGCCUUCUUCAGAAAGCUCCCGCUCUCCGACCUCGAAGGCAACCGGGGAUUGUUCAUCGCCGACGGCGCAACGGCAGAAGGCCGGCAGGCGAACAGAGCCUCGAUCUCUGUUCUGAAACUCGCCAUGUUGGUCCUCCUCAGCGUCAGCGCUCUGCUGCUGCUGCUGACGGCUGUCUACGCGCUCCUGCGCUCGCGCAUGGCGCCCAACGGAGAAGCCGCCACCGACGAGUGGGAGAUUACGCUCUACCAAAAGCUCGACUUCUCGGUGGACGAAGUCGUCCGGUGCCUCAACUCAGCGAACGUGAUUGGGACAGGGAGCUCCGGCGUGGUCUACAAGGUCGGGAUCCCCAACGGAAACUCCCUAGCCGUCAAGAAGAUGUGGUCGUCGUCGGAGAUCGGAGCCUUCCGCAACGAGAUCGCCGCACUGAGCACGAUAAGGCACCGGAACAUCGUGCGCUUGCUCGGCUGGGGGGCGAACCAGAGCACCAAGCUCUUAUUCUACGACUACUUGCCCAACGGAAGCCUGAGCGGGUUGCUCCACCGGAGCAGGAAGGCACCGGUGGAGUGGGAGACGAGAUACGAGAUCGUGCUCGGGCUGGCGCACGCAAUCGCCUACCUCCACCAUGACUGCGUGCCGCCCAUCUUGCAUGGCGACGUCAAGGCCAUGAACGUGCUGUUGGGCUCGCGAUUCGAGCCAUAUCUGGCAGACUUUGGCUUGGCCAGAGUGCUCAGUGCUGCUUCACACAAGUUGGAAUUCAAGGCCUGUCCUCAGAUUGCUGGUUCGUACGGAUACAUAGCUCCAGAGUACGCUUCGACGCAACGGAUAACAGAGAAAAGCGACGUGUAUAGCUACGGCGUGGUGUUGCUCGAGGUUCUGACAGGAAUGCAUCCGCUGGAGCCGUCGCUGCCCGGAGGAAUGCACUUGGUCCAAUGGGUCCGCGACCACUUGAGCCGCAAGGGCGACCCGGCCGACCUGCUCGACGCCAGGCUGCUCGGCCGGCCGGACUACGAAAGGCAAGAAAUGCAGCAGGCAAUCGCAAUAUCGGUUCUGUGCAUCAGCCACCGGGCCGACGACCGGCCGAUGAUGAAGGACGUCGUCGCAAUGCUGACGGAAAUCCGGCACCCGGCAACCGACGAGCCGAAGAUAUCUGUUGUUGUUGCUGCAGCUGCUGCUUCUCCGGCGCAUAAAGUGGGCCUGCAAGACUCGUCAACUUGCUCAUUUGCAAUGUCAGAUUACUCUAGCUGAAGAGAAUAUAUACUUGUAUCCUGCUCGAUUCCAAGUACAUGUUAGUAUUCCAUUUCCGCUAGAAAGAACAUGUGAGGAGAAACAAACUGCAGUAAAAUAUAAUUAUGAAAACAACACAAUAACCGAGGAGAUGAGAUAUCUAAACUUUGGAGUAUCACUUGACUAGCUAAAACUCUACGGAACGAGAAUUGGCAACAUCAGUGUGUCGCUCUCCAGCCAGCCUGCCAUCCAUGGCAUUUUGCCUUUGGCCAAAUGCUAUAAUGCAGGUCAUUCAUGGCUCAGGCUCAAACCUUACGAUUAAUGCACAGUAAUGGCGAUGGGAGAGUAGAAAGAGAUGAUAAGGAUUGAGAAAUUGGAUUUGUAUCAAGUGAAUGCUGAUAGAAUCCAAGGCAAAAACCCAACUGGUUUCUCUGGAAUACAGUGUUAAAACUUAAAAGACGUGCAAAUGCAAUUUUUUUUAUUAAAAUAAUAAAAAUAUCAAUUAAUGUUUACCUAUGACCAACCACAAAAUGGCAGGCACUUUUACAACGUGAAUUUUCCACGAGGGAAAUGUUUACUGCUACUCAGUUCAGGUGCCAUUGGAUUAAAGCGUUCCUUCACAUUGUUUGCCUUCUUACCAUUCGGCAGUAACUCCUCUGCCCUGAACCAGGCAAGUUUGAUCUUUAGGCAAGUUAUAGGAAAAAUAAAUGGCGUA